UUUCAGGACUCGUGGUUCUUAAUAGUUAAGGUCUACUAAAGACUUAAGUCUCAAUUAAUUCUUUUGAUAUAUAUUAUUAGUCUGAUGUGCUAACAAAGAAAAUAAUUUUUAUCCAAUCCAGCUUUACUUUAUACAAUCCUUGAUCCGAAAGGAUUUCAGGAUGAUAGAAUAUUUUUUUCUUAUAAGAAACGAUAACGAAUCUCGAGUUAAUAUAAUCUAACAUUUUUUUCAGAAAAAAGAUUCUUAUAUUCUUCAUUUAAACUUACCAUUCAAGAAAGAUGUUCAACAUUUUUAAGUGUUUGCCGACCUUGGUAUAGACUUGCUUAAAAAGACAGAAGAUAAACACAAACGGCUGUCAAAAUAAAGCUUGAUCACAAGUAAACCUUCAAGUUUCGUUUGUUUUCAAGGCUACUUCGAAGAAAAAGGUCACAUAGAUAUGGCGAUGAAGAGAAAAAAAAAUGUAUUUAAAAUUUGGUAUGCUCAGAAGAAAGAAAGAAGAUGCCCUAAAUCCACGAUUAAACACCUGGCGUUUAUUUACUUUGUGAACCUCUGUGGAAAUGGUGUUAUGGUAGCACAUUCGGCUUGUAAAUAUAAGAUUUCGAGUCUCCCACUCCGGUGUACUUAAAACAUUUGGUGUUGUCAGCCCAUUUACUGCCAUAUACUAACUGCUAACUGGCUUGUGUGGCAGGCAGGAAAGAUGGAGCAAUGUUAUACGCAUUUCUGGCGGUAUAGUUACAGUCGGAGGGAAGUAAAAGCAAACCGUUAGGAUGGAUACUCCAAGGACAUUAAAACUCUCCGUCUCUUACAUACUUACUUACUAGAGAAGGGCACAUACUCGAGCGGGCGGUGAUUCAAUCGGUUUUUUUUUCAAAUUAAUGCCAUAACGUUAUGAUUUUAAAAUAUUCCAAGAUAAUUCAAACUUUAUAAUUUGAAUAAAAACCGAAAGAAAUAAAAGCUAGAACAAGUUUUUUACAUUUGUUUUUUGUGUACUUCUAUUUUUGGUUAGCUUACUUCCCGAGUUUUUCAAGUUUAGAAAUUAUGGUAGUUGUUGAGUUGGGGUCAAAACUGAUAAAAUCUAAGAGUUCGUUAUAAAAUCAAGCUUUAACUGUAGCCAAUGUAAUUUUGAAGUUACUGUUUGUUUUCUAUCGAGUCUCUUGUCCCCUUCUCCGUUAUUACGGAUCAAACCAAAUGCGCUUCUUUUAAGUGUAUAUAUAAAAUAAUUAUUUAACUGUAAGAUUGAAGUAGUAAUUUGGAUUUUUUUUUGCACGCUUUUAGCUUAUUUGUUGCAUCACAAAGAAGGAGACAAUCGUGUUUUAAGAAUGUAUAGUAAGUAUAAGAAAUAAUUAAAAAAGGAGGGGAUUGACGCUCAUAUCAAUCGUGUCAUGUCAACGUUGACGUUAAGGGAAGGUGUCACACACAAGGAACCAUUGUGUGAAGAUGCAUGGAAGGAUCCAAUGUUUUUGUUUACUUGUAGAAUGAAAUUAUAUAGUAGUUGCAAGAUGUAAUAACAAAACACACACGUAAACAUAUCACAACGCGAAUAAGUCAGUUUAUAAAUAAAGACGACAGUAAAACUAUACUAUCAGUACAAUAGCCCAACAUUUUAUUGUUGAAAAAAAAAAUCAUAAGUAAUAUGGCACAGUAUAGUGAAAAAUUUUAUAAUUAAAACCAACAAUAAUAUAUGGAUUGUAUUUCAGAGAAUUUUUAUUUUUAUACAAAAAACACAUUACGUCUCCCUCGCUACAUUCAUCGUAAGUCAAAUAAAAACAUUAAAAACACACCUGCACAGAAGUAGAAGGGAUCGUUUUCGUAUUUGCCACUGAUCUACUUUUGAAUGAAUGUCUGUUAUAAUAUACGAGUGUCCUUACUUAGUACAAUAAUUUAGAGUUCUUCUUCACAGUAUAAUGGAAAUUUUAUAACCGUCAAUUAAAUCCCAUGUCGAUCUGUUUUUAUUUUACAUCUGUUGCAUUUUUAUUUUCAUCACGACGGAGAAAGCAGGAUUAAAAAAAUAAUCAAAAAUGGUUUUGGCGUCCCUGCUUCCAACUUACUUCUACAUCCGGUGUAUUCUGUGUCAUCAAACCAACUUUGAUCAAUUUUACUGUCUUACCUUUCAAUUUGAUAAGCAUGUUAAUAAAUUGACUCAAGAAGAAGCGCUAUGUACAGGUGGUUUAAGUCUACCCAUACCUCUGCCAGAAAAUAAAAGCUGGGAAGGUCCUUAUUCGCAAUGUAUACCUGCUAAAUUAAAUGCUACACCGAAGGCUACUUCUAGAUGCAUCCCUAAGGACAUUACAAAAUCAAGCUUAAAUACAAAUUGUUCGGAUCCGUUAGACCGAAGUCAUAAAUACAGUUGCGUACCAAGUUCCGGUCGGUGGUUGUUUUAUCCUGACACGGCAGAUUUUUCCAGCUAUACUGUGCUUAUACUUUUUGUUGCAUUAUGCAUAACUUGCUGUUUCUUUACAGUUAUUUUAAACAUGCUUAAUAUUUUUAUCUGCAUCAAAUCAAAGGACCUCAGAACAUCGAAAACUAUCGUCUACGCUUUUCAUAUGGCAGUAAUUGAUCUCUUAAUUGGAACAGUUCAAAUCCCGUUAUACAUUGCAACUGUAUAUAACUCGAAUUAUCGCUCAUUCAAGGGUGAAUACACCAUGUCUCAGCAUACAGCAAAACUUGUAAACACUUGGUUUAACAGAUUAGAUUUGUUAUUCUUAGUAGCAUCAUUUACAAAUCUUGCGUUUAUGUCAAUAGAGAGAUGUGUUGUUGUUGUGAAGCCGUUCUGGCACAUGCGAGCUAUCACAGUAACAAAGGUUAUUUUAUCGAUACCGGCAAUUUGGGCAUACACAUUGACUGUCUUCUUUCUGUAUUACUACGCCUUGGACGAGGAAUAUUUGUUUUCACUCCUAUCGGGAUUUGCUGUGCCAACGUUCUUGAUCGUCAUAAGCUACACUGUUGUCAUAGCAACUAUGAGAACAUCAAGGAAUAAAGUUGGACGGGACGGACAAGUUCAGGAUUUGAAAAGAAAAACGGAACAGAAAGUGACAACGAAGUUAAUUUUGCUAAUCGUUCUAUUUUUGUUGUCAUGGAUACCAUAUCUUGUUUUGACUUUUGUUUACGUAGACAAAAUUCGAUCUUCGCAUAUCGACAGUGUAUUGAUAAAGUCAAAACUUCGAUGGGUAAAAUUACUAUCAUAUUGCCACUGCUUUUACGAUCCCAUUUUGUAUUCGCUUUCUCGUCCAAAUAUACAAAGGGAAUUCAGGAGCGUGUUUAAAGGAGAACGCACCACUUCCAUUGGUGCGUCAAAAAUAAAGAGGUCGAUGAAGUUAGCAACAGUGGCUUCUACAACAGUGUAAAGUAAAUUGUAAAAGAAACAAGGUGCUCCCUUAGUGGAAGGCUAAACACAAGCAAGUUAUGACGAAGUACUGGCAAAAUAAUAAGAGAAACGUAAAAUUGUUAAUUUUAUUUUUGUGGCUAUGAAAAAUGCUAUUCAAAUA